AUGAUGGCGACGUCACAGGAUUAUUUUGGCAAUCCCUACGCCCUAUUUCGUGGCCCGCCCACCACUUUGAGGCCGCGAGAGUCACCAUUGGGCGUCGGUCACGCCCACGGCCAUGGACAUAUGCAUGGGCACGCCCACGGCCACGGACACGCCCACUCGCAUUAUGCAGCGCUGGAUUUGCAGACGCCGCAUAAGCGGAAUAUCGAGACGGAUGUGCGGGCUCCACCGCCGCCAUUGCCGCCCCCGCCGCUUCCGCCCGCAUCGCCGAGGUACAACACUGACCAAGGAGCGAUGGACCAGCAAUUCUGCUUGCGCUGGAACAAUCAUCCCACAAAUUUGACCGGCGUGCUCACCUCACUGCUGCAGCGGGAGGCGCUAUGCGACGUAACGCUCGCCUGCGAAGGCGAAACAGUCAAGGCUCACCAAACGAUACUGUCAGCCUGCAGUCCGUACUUCGAGACGAUUUUCCUGCAGAACCAGCAUCCACAUCCCAUCAUCUACUUAAAAGAUGUCCGAUACUCAGAGAUGCGUUCUCUGCUCGACUUUAUGUACAAGGGCGAGGUCAAUGUGGGGCAGAGUUCACUGCCCAUGUUUCUCAAGACGGCCGAGAGUCUACAGGUGCGCGGUCUCACAGAUAACAACAAUCUGAAUUACCGCUCGGAUUGCGACAAGCUGCGCGACUCUGCAGCCAGCUCUCCCACUGGCCGCGGCCCCAGCAAUUAUGGUGGCUCCGGCGGAGGCGGCGGGCUUGGAUCCGGCGUGGAUGCGAUGCGCGAAUCACGCGACUCCAUGCGCUCCCGCUGCGAACGCGACCUGCGCGACGAGCUAACACAACGCAGCAGCAGCAGCCUGAGUGAACGCGGCUCGGCGGCAGCAGCAGCUGCGGCUGCUGCAGCGGCGGUGGCUGCAGCCGGCGGAAAUGUGAAUGCGGCAGUCGCCGCCUUGGGCCUAACCACGCCCAGUGCCGGCGAACGAUCUCCGAGCGUGGGCAGCGCCAGUGCGGCGGCUGCGGCGGCAGUGGCAGCUGCUGUGGCGGCAGCCGCUAAUCGAAGCGCCAGCGCCGAUGCCUGCAGCGACCGCGGCAGUGAGCGCGGAACGCUCGAGCGGGCGGACAGUCGCGAUGAGCUGUUGCAGUUAGAUUAUAGCACCAAGGACAACAACAACAGUAAUAGCAGCAGUACCGGCAACAACAAUAAUAAUAACAACAGCAACAACAACAAUAAUAACAGCAACAACAAUCGGGAGCGCAACAACAGCAGAGAACGAGAGCGGGAACGAGAGCGAGAUCGCGAGCGUGAGCGCGACAGGGACAGGGAGCUGUCUACCACGCCGGUGGAUCAGCUGAGUAGUAGUAAGCGCAGACGUAAGAACUCAUCAUCCAACUGUGAUAACUCGCUGUCCUCGAGCCACCAGGACAGGCACUACCCGCAGGACUCUCAGGCCAACUUUAAAUCGAGUCCCGUGCCCAAGACGGGCGGCAGCACAUCGGAAUCGGAGGAUGCCGGUGGACGUCACGAUUCGCCGCUCUCGAUGACCACUAGCGGCCAUUUGGGUGGGGGCGGAAAUGUUGGUGCGGCAAGCGCCCUCAGCGGCCUGAGCCAGUCCCUGAGUAUCAAACAGGAGCUGAUGGAUGCCCAACAACAGCAUCGCGAACAUCAUGUAGCCCUGCCGCCCGAUUACUUGCCGAGCGCUGCUCUUAAGCUCCAUGCGGAGGACAUGUCAACGUUGUUGUCACAGCACCCGCUGCAAGCGGCAGACACACGGGAAGAUCACAACGAUACCAAGCAGCUGCAGCUGGACCAGACGGAUAACAUUGACGGCAGCAGCGCCCGCCAUCACCUGUCGACCCCGCUGUCGACCUCGUCGUCGGCCUCGCCCCCGCCGCCCCCUUUCGGGAUGCACCUGUCGGCGGCUCUGAAAAGCGACUACCAUCCUCUGCACUACAUCCGCGCCGCCGGAAACGGUCACAGCCAUCCCGCUGGCACGCCCCCCGCCCAUGGCUACAAUCAGGGUAUGGGAGCUACGCAAAAUAGUGGAUCCGGAGCCGGAGGCGGAUCUGGUGGCGGAAACGGUGGAGGAGGUGGAGCGGCUGGAGGUCACAACUCACAUCACACCAUGUCCUAUCACAACAUGUUUACGCCGUCCCGCGAUCCGGGCACAAUGUGGCGGUGCCGGUCCUGUGGAAAGGAGGUGACCAACCGUUGGCACCACUUCCACUCCCACACCGCCCAGCGCUCGAUGUGUCCAUACUGUCCGGCCACGUACAGCAGGAUCGAUACGCUGCGUUCGCACCUGCGCGUUAAGCAUCCUGACCGCCUGCUGAAGCUCAACUCGUCCAUUUAAGGGCGUGGUAGGGGCCAGAGUACAGCCCACCAUCGCUAUUACUAUCAGCAACAUCAACAGCAGCAGCAGCCGCAGCACCAACAUCAGCAGCAACAGCAGCAGCCACAGCAACAGCAACACCAUCAGCAGCAACAGUCACACCAGCAACAUCAACAAGUUUAUUACAACUAUAGCAACUACAGCCCCUACAGUCACAAAUACAGCUACUUCGAUAGGAAGAGUUUAAUGUAGGGUUUUAAGAAGGAUUUCUUCUCGCAUUUAGUCGUCUGUACAUUACCCACAGCUACCCAAGCAAUAACCCAAACUAGUAGAACCGAAGAUGCUAAAACUUAAUCACCUAACCACACAUUAAUGAUAAUAUUAACUUUAACUUUGACCCAAUCGUCCCAUCAAUCUAUAGAUGUAUACAAAGGAAAAUGAAAGAAACUAUAUAAUGCUAUAUAAAUGUGUAUAACUAAAGAAUAUUAGGAAAAGGUUUCAGUUGCUAACUAAGAUUAAAGAGAAAAAGGCAGCGUACGAAGUUCGGGGUAGAAUUGAUGUAAUCAUUUUUUAAAGCUACAACAAACCAUUUCGAAGGUUUCUAAAUGUUGUUUCCUAAAAACAGAUUUAAUUGUAACAAUUACACUAAUGAUAGAGGAAAGUCGAAGCAGAGGAGUCACUUGGGGCUAAUUCAGCCAACGGGAUCACCACCGAAGCAGAAGCAGAAGCAGUGGGGUCGCCAGGAUAAAUACAACACAGCAACAGUCACCCACAACUACUACUCAUACGAAGGUCACAUUAGGUUUUAGUUUAUUAUAAUAUUUAGAGCGUAGCGUUAAACAAUAUGUUCUGCAGAGUAUGCGAAGGACGAGGGCUACUCAACCAACUACAAAGAAAUUUUCAUAUACCUCAAAUGCAUUUCAGUUUUAUUGUUGAUUGCUUAAUUUUAAUCUAUGUAGACCGUUAGCACUUACACGUAAAACUACCAUAUAUACAUGUAUGUUAUUUUAAUCGGUUCCAAUUUUAUAGCCAAUAGUUUACAUAUGUUUUCCUCUUUUUGUUUGUGUUCCAAAUCUUCUUAUUGUGUCCUAUGAUUUAAGUAAAAGGUUUUAGGCUUAGUUUGAACCACUUGAACCACCUCAUUUUCUUUUUAAGCUUGUUUAUAUUUAUGGUCAACUUUUUGUUUAGUUUAAUUACAAACCUGUACAAGAAAAAGAUAUGAUAGUCGGCAAGUAAAACAUCAUAUCACAAAAAUGUAAAAAAAAAUAUAUAAAAAGAAAAAAAAUUUGUAAAAUUGCUUAACUUUCUGCUCAAUUGGCAAGGAAUCGGACAUUUAAACAUUAAUUUCAUCUAAAAUUAUCUACUGUCUUGCUACUUGAAUACAAUAACCAACACGUCCUCGCAGAGACGGCAAAAGUAAUUAAUUUUAAACAUUUUGUGAUAGACAAAAUUAUGUUUCGGCACAAAAUAAAAACAUCAGCUAUAAUAAAAUAAAACAUAAAAUUCAAUGUGAUAUUUUCGGCACAAAACUUUACAUAAACAAAUAAUUAAAAAAGAAAAGAAUAUAAAAAAAUGAAUAGAAACAAAAUAUCAGAGGGUCAGAGCAACAUUUGGAUAAGGUUGCUUGCCUUUUGAAUAUUUAUUUAAGGAAAGAUUUUUGUUAUAGAUUUAUUCAAAAUUGUUAUGUUUCGGUCCAAAGCACAAAAUGUAUAAAAUUACUUCCUAGUUAUCUUUUAAAAUUACUUUAACUUUAACUUUAAAAUCAUGAUUGAUUUCCUAAUGUUAAGUUUCGUGCUCUGUUUCAUAUUCUAUAUGCUCAGAGCUUAUAAUUUUAUUUAGUUUUACGUGAAUUCAGUUGAGAAACUUUAAGCCAAUAAAUUACCACAAAAUUAAAAACAACAGAAACAGCACAGAUGUUAAGGAAAACCACUACUACACACAGAUUUAUGUACCAAAAAUAUAAUAAAUAUGAAAUUAUACACAAAAACAAACAAAAAAGAAAUACAAAAUCGAAUCAAAACUAAUGCAGCAAAAAACCAAAAGAUACCGUACUACAGAAUGUUGCAAGGAACGUAAAUGGAUUUUUCUAAAACUUUAUUCCAUAAAUAAGCGUAAAUCGUAAACAAAAUAUUUUUAUACAUCCAUCUUGUAAUCGGUCGAAUUAAAGGAGAGCCGCUUAACUAUCCUGGGGCUGGAGGGUUGCUCCGCGGAAUCAGGACUUGGAUUUAAAUCACAGAUCUAAUGUUGGUCCGGUUUAGUCGUGCAGAAAGGCAACACACACAGCUGCCAAUUGAACAUUAUUUUUGCUCUACACUUAAAAACUCAAUUAAUCAAUAUGCAAAUACGAAUCCAUUUGUAAAUGUGUGGAUGUGCGCACAGAGCACAGCAAUGGCAAAUAUUAUUAACAGUUUUUCGUCGUCUACCAGCUUAAAUAAAUCAAUCCAUAAAGAUCUAUAUAUAUCAAGCGAAAUAUAUAUUUCAAAUUUAUUCAA